AAUCUAAGAGAUACAGAAAUCAUACAAAGAAUUAAAGCUCUGUUCUUUGUUUCUGGGUUCCUCUGUAUUUUCAUGGAACAUGAAGUCACCUUUUAAUCAUAUAUCUCUGGGUGCAGGGCCAGGAAAUGGGAGAUCAUACUUCAUUAGGUUUCUCCCUUCAGCUUCUUUGAUAUUCUUAGCUCUUCUGCUGGGUAGCGCAUUCAUAUUAUCAGAAUUCAAUGAGAAAUCAUCAUUUGGGAGAGUCAGAAAUAGUUUGCGUAGUUCCAAAUUAAAAUGCAAGAAUCAUAGAAGGCCAUAUGGAAGUGAAACAUUGCCUAGAGGUAUCGUCGCCAAGACUUCUAAUCUGGAAAUGCGGCCAUUAUGGACAUCGCCUAACAAGCCGCCUUCAAGGUUACACCAGAAAAGUGCAAAUUCCUCGGUCAGCUUGUUAGCAAUGGCUGUUGGGAUAAAGCAGAUGGAUCUAGUCGGUAAAAUGGUCAAAAAGUUUCUGUCUAGUGGUUUUGUUGUGAUGCUUUUCCAUUAUGAUGGUAACCUUGAUGAGUGGAAGCAAUUUCAAUGGAAUGAUCUUGUUAUUCAUGUUUCGGCAGUCGAUCAAACAAAAUGGUGGUUCGCAAAGCGUUUCUUGCAUCCUGAUAUAGUUGCUGAAUAUAGUUACAUUUUUCUAUGGGAUGAGGAUCUUGGAGUUGACAAUUUUAAUCCUCAACGGUAUGUAUCCAUUAUUCGAAAGGAAGGGCUACAUAUAUCACAACCGGCACUUGAUUUUUCCAAGUCAGAGGUGCAUCAUCAAAUUACUGCACGCGUGAAAGGAUCAAUAGUUCACAGAAGGACUUACAAGCCUAAUGCCAAUGGGACUGGUUGCGAUGAACAUAGUACAGCUCCUCCUUGUACUGGGUGGAUAGAAGUGAUGGCUCCAGUUUUCUCUCAAGCUGCCUGGCGUUGCGUAUGGUAUAUGAUCCAGAAUAAUUUGAUCCAUGCUUGGGGACUAGAUAUGCAGCUUGGCUAUUGUGCACAGGGUGAUCGAACGAAGAAUAUUGGUGUCGUAGAUGCGGAGUACCUAAUCCAUUAUGGCCGCCCUACUUUGGGAGGUCCAAACGAUAAUGAGAAAUCACCUCAAGCUAGUGCAAAGGACCACAGAGUUGAUGUGAGGAGGGAAUCCUACAACGAAAUGAAGAUUUUCAAUCGAAAAUGGGAAAAAGCUGCAAAGAACGAUGAGUGUUGGAUUGAUCCAUACCCUGUUAACAGUAGCCAUCACUUAGCAGGUGGAAAUGUAAAUUCUAUAGAUUUUAUAUGA